AUGUCCUUUGCUCAGAUGGCGGCCCACAAGCCCACUCCAGAGGCGCCAUUCGAAUUCGUCCAGGUCCGCGUUCUCGCCAAACCUAGCCUUCCCAGCGACACUGCGGCUACCCAAGUCCAGAGCCUCUACGACAAAGCCGACAGCUUCUGUCGCAACAACAAGCUCGAACCUCACCCAGUCAAGUCCUUCGUAGAUGCCGAGGAUACCCCCACCAAGCGUCUCUAUGCGGCACCUGAGGGCAGCUCACGCGCGUUGGCUGUCGUUGAGCGCAGCGUAGCGAGAAGUGUGACACUCGAGCAGCGCUUGAAGCUGGUGGAGGAGGAGUUGGCGCAGACGAACAAGGAGUUGGCGCAGAUGAAGAAGGACAAGAAGGACGAGGACGACAAAGCGAGGGAUCGUCGCAGCGCAACUGUCAUUGUCUCGACUGCGCAAGCGUUGAAUGCUGCGUUUGGCUGUGGCGGCGAGUCAGCACGCCGUCAGUUGAAGAACGUGUUCGUCGACUACCGCGACAGGGGGACGACACUCGGCUCCACGGUCUGCACCCUCAAUGCCGACGUCAAACGUGCCUUUGAGAAGAAUCCGUCGUGGGAAGGUCAAGUUGACUUGCGCAAUAGCGAGGCUCAUCCUUCGCCCGGCAGCGACCUGUUGCUCGAGCUUCUCGAGCUCGAGGACAAGAACGUCCCCCUCGCGCGCGAAGCCAUUACUUUCCUGCUUCUGGCGGUCCGCCAACGUCACCUCGUGAAUUCAAAGAGGGACAGCGUCCAGGACGUUAUGGAGGAAAUGAGGGAAAUCAGCACCGCGUUCCCCACCGCGAAGCAGCAGGCCUGGCUGCAGCGUCUUGAGCUUGGCGUCUAG